GAAUGGAUGUCAAUGUUUACAAGCUACGGACUAUCGGCAGGAAGUUCAUUCCGACUUUGAGCCUCGUUGUGAACACAACACAAAAAAAACAUUACAUUUUCCAAUAACUAACAUCUUUUGAAGUUUAUUAUUUUGUUUGUGAACUCCUGCGCUCUCUGUCGGAACAACCAACAAGCAUCCUCCAACUCCUGAUUCCUGCUCUUUGCUGCAGCUAAUUUGGUUCAUCGUUCAUCGAGAUGUGCUGCAAUCCCGGUGGCUGCUGCGGCCUGCCCGCCUGCAUUCAGUGCACAAAUUUCAGCUUCAACUGCUGGACCGGCACGGCGAGCGUUCCCAGCUGUCGCACUGGCUACUCGCCCUGCUGUCCGCUCUAUCGCGGCUGCUGCGGUGGUCCACGAGGUUGUUGCUAGCGGAGCUCCAAGAUGUGCACGAAAUUAGGAAAAAAAAAUAUUAAAAAUCAUCCGUGAAUAAAAACCAACAAAAAUAA